ACAGCUGAUCAACUGAGUCUGGCAGAACACUCAUACCCAAUAGCAGACCUACAGCAACGAUACAACCACUUAAAGGGUCUUCCACUACAACCUGUUCAUAAAGCAUUCCCUCUCUUGUUGAUUGGAGCUGAUCAUCCACACUUGAUCACCCCUAUUGCACCUGUGCGCCUUGGACCACCAGGGGGUCCUGCAGCAGUUAAGACCAGAUUAGGGUGGACAUUACAAGGUCCAGCGCAACUACUUAAGGAGAACCUGCAACCACAGCAAUGCCUUCAUAUUACCCUCACCCCUUCAAUGUCUGAACUUUUCAGAAAUGUUGAAAGACUCUGGCAAACAGACAUCAUACCUUACAGAAAUGAGAGACUCCUAACAAGGUCUAAACAAGAUCAAGAUGCCAUAGAUCUACUGCAUGCAAAACGAUAAAGGUAAUGGUAGAUGGUGUAAACCGCUAUGCCACACCACUGUUACGCAAGAAAGAUAUGCCUUGUCUACAAGCAUACCAAGAAGCUGUUAUGCCGAGUUUACGAAGCAUUGAAAGACGUCUGUCAAAGGACUCUACAAAGGCAGCUGCAUACAAUGAAGAAAUUAAAAAAUUGGAGGAGGCUGGAUAUGUUGUUAAGUUACCAGCAGAAACAAUCACCUCCUCUGAAGAAUCUUGGUUUAUUCCUCACCAUCUGGUUCAGCAUAAUGGUAAGAACCGGGUUGUAUUCAAUUGCUCCUUUAAAUAUCAUGGACAUAGCCUGAAUGAAUACCUGCUCCCUGGGCCAGCCCUCAGUCCGUCCCUAUUAGGAGUGCUCUUACGUUUUAGGGAACAUCCUGUAGCAGUAGGUAGCGACAUUAAAGGAAUGUUUCACCAAAUCCGCCUUUUACCUGCAGAUAAACCUCUUCUCCGUUUUGUAUGGCGUAAUUUGGAAAGUAGCAUUUCCCCCCUUAUCUAUGAAUGGCAAGUACUUCCCUUUGGCACCACCUGUAGUCCUUGUUGUGCCAUUUUUGCUCUUCAACGACAUGUAAUGGACAACACUGAAUCAGGGGAUGAGAUCCGAUCCUUAGUUGAAAGGAACUUCUAUGUAGACAACUAUUUGCAGAGUCUACCAUCAACCCAGAGGGCAAAGCAACUGAUAGACAAACUAAGAGAUCUUUUGUUAAAUGGUGGAUUUGACCUUCGUCAAUGGACUAGCAAUUUUCCCAAGAUACUAGAACAUCUGCCACAAGAAGCUCGUUCAAUCAGUACAGAACUCUGGUUGUCUCAGGAUCGAUCAGAUUCCACAGAAUCCACUUUAGGCUUGAAGUGGCAUUGUUCCUCAGACACGUUCAAGUACAAGUCUCAUCCAGUGCAGAAGACAACGGUUACUAUGCCACAUAUACAGAGUACUCGCCAGUCAGUAUGAUCCUUUGGGGUAUAUUCUUCCAUUCACCACACGUGCCAAAGUCCUGGUCCAGAAAUUGUGGGAUAAACAAAGAGAUUGGGAUGACCCUAUGUUGCCUGAAGAUCUAUUAAGAGCCUGGAAUGAAUGGGAAGGAGAACUUCACGCUCUGAAUAAUAUUAGUAUCCCAAGAUGUUAUACGCCUGUUGAUAUGGACUUAUUCCCUAUUACCAGACAGAUUCACAUAUUCUGU